AAGAAAAUAGCUCAUCUUGCUGUCAUCCAAAAUAUGGCUGUCGUCGAACCUUAUAUCGAGUGAGUUGACAUGGGACCAAAGAAAGUAACAAACCGUAGAGGGAGAAAAAAGAAGAAAGAUUCUGAAGAGCCAGAAUUCUUGGGUACAAUAAACCCGCCACAACCUGAUCAUAACUUACAACACAACCAGCGUCUAGAAGGAGUUCAGCCUUUAGAAGAGCAGGAUCAGCAUCCUUCAGAAGAGCAGCCUGUAGAAGCUCAGCCUUUAGAAGAGCAGGCUCAGCAUCCUUCAGAAGAGCAGCCUGUAGAAGCUCAGCCUUUAGAAGAGCAGACUCAGCAUCCUUCAGAAGAGCAGCCUGUAGAAGAUCAGCCUGGAGUUAAUGAUGGGACUGACGAGCACGAUCAUGUAGCUAAACCUACACGUAAGAGAAAGCGAGGACCAACAAGAUUGAGAGACAUCGCCAGGAAUCCAAAUAGCAGAUUAAAGGUUAACUUCACUUUCAUGGGAGAACAUUAUGGUCAUGGGUCUGUUAAGUUGUCAACGUAUCUUGGUAUAAUUGUGCGAGAACACGUUCCUGUAUCAAUUGAAAGUUGGCCAAAAGUCCCUCAGGAUAUGAAGACAAUGCUCUGGAUGUCUGUCAAGUCAAGGUUUGAAGUAGAAGAAGAUUACCAAAAGAAAGCAUUGAUUGAACAGAUGGGAAAUUUGUGGAGGUCACACAAGUCACGAGUGGUUAGGGAAGUUAAUGAAGCUACGACUUUGAAAGAUAGGAUGGAUCUGCGACCUAAGAAUGUUACUGAAGCGGCUUGGCGUAAAUUUGUCAAGCUCAAAACUAGUCCUGAGUUUAAGGUUGUGAGUGAUAGCUAUAAGAAAAGGAAGAGCCUACAGAUUCCACACACUUGUAGUCGCAAAGGAAUGGUUAGACUAGCUGAAGACUUGAAAGAAGAGAGACGAGAGAAAUCAGAUCCUUCUGAUGUAACAAGAACUGAUGUGUGGGUGAGAUCGCGUACUAGAAAGGAUGGGACACCAGUGAAUACUGAUGCAGCUGAAAAAAUUAAAAAGGCAGCUGAACUUGUUAAUUCUGUUGAAACAAAUGAAGGGCAAGAUACACUUGUCGAACUAUUAGGACCUGAUAAUCCCGGUCGAAUGAGGGCAAUGGGGAGAAAUAUGACUAAGACGAAAUUAGCUUGUUUCCAAGUUAAUCACAAGUGUAUGGUUGAAAUGGAAAAGAAGCAAAUUCAUCUCCUGGACAAGGUUAAUGAGCUAGAAAAUAAACUUGGUAAACUGCAGAACCAGGGACAAGAAACUGAAGUUGGUGAAAACUCUAGAUCUGCUGCAAGGAGUGUUAACAAAAAAGCACAACCAAAGUGUAUUUUGAUUGACUGGGCUGGUGAUGAUGCGAAUGUUGCUGAGGGACGUAUUAUAUCUACUGAUCCAGAGGAUGUUGUGAAUGGGAUUCGUUUAGGUCCUUUAGAUUAUAAAGUUUUGGUUGAGACUGCCACAGUACCAAAAGCAUUCCUUUGGAGAAAUGCUAUGGGAAUGUCAACAAUUGAAGAAUCUGUUGGGCAUAUGAUUCCAUGGCCUGCCACGAAGUGUGUUAGUCUAGAACAGGGGGUUCAGGAAGAAGACAUGGCACCACUAGGCACAAGAGCCAAUUCUUUGAACAAAUGCAAACUACUUGAUCUGUCUAACGAUGAUGUAGUUGUUGCUGAAGGCCGUUGGACCACGCAAGAUCGUAAAGCUUUGGUGAAUGGACUUUCACUCGGACCAAAGGCUGUAAAAGUGUUUGUUGAUGUGGUACAUGAAGCCAAUACAUUCAUAUGGAGGCCUACAAUGGAUGUUACAUACAUAGAGGACUGUUUAAUGUCCUUUGUAGCAUGGCCUUUCAACAAAGUUGUCUUCGAAAAUAAUCCAGAUGGAACAGGCCGGUUAUCUCCUAUUCAGAAUUAUGCAUCUACUCAAACAGCUCAUGGAAAAUCAGCAUCAUCAAGUCAAAAAUCCACAGCAACAGGUUCUAAAUCGCAACCAGCUCAUGGAAGAUCAGCAUCAGCAAGUAAAAAAUCCGCAGCAACAGGUUCUAAGUCGCAUAUGCAACCAAUCUCAGCAUCAUGUGAGAAGUCUCCAACAACAGUUCCAAAAUCUAAUGCAGUGGAAACUCAAACAGCUGCACCGUCCCCUCUUCGAAGAUCUCCGCGGAAAAAAGGAGCUAUACUGGAAAAUCAGAAGUGUAUGUUACUGGAUAUUAAAGAAAGGAAGCAGGUUGUUGCUAAAGGACGGGUGAUUUCAACUGAUCCAGAGAGACGUGUACACUGUGCUCCCUUGGGUCUUAAUGCUGCGCAAGUUUUGGUAGAUAUAGUCCAGGUAGAUGAUGCAGCGGUUUGGAGGACAUCCUAUGAGAUUGAGUAUAUGAAAGAUGCACUUGGUUCAUUUAUCGCAUGGCCAACUGAUAACUUGGUCAUGUAUUGACUAUCGUCCAACUGAGGUAAGUAUUGUUUAUUUUGAUGAUUGUGUUUUUGGUUUUUCAGGUGCAAAACUAAUAUAAGACAAUGUCCAUU